UUUGGUUGCAUGAAGAAAAAAAACAAACCAAACACUGACCUUCAUUACUUCAUGAGGUUCCUUGUGAGAAGACAGCAGCAGUGGACACUGUAAUUAGCAUCAAACUGACUUACAGCUUAUGGUGCAGGAUGAGGAAUCUUCAUCUCGCUUUAAUGCUCGUCGGUGUUCUUAGAGCUUCUCUGCUGGCUGAUGGCGUUAACAUACGACUCGUUGGUGGCAACAACAACUGCUCUGGUAGAGUGGAGAUCCUGCAAUAUGGGAAGUGGGGAACAGUGUGUGAUGAUGACUGGGACCGGAAUGAUGCAGAGGUGGUGUGUAGACAGCUUGGAUGUGGUAAAGCGGUCACCGCUCAUCAAAAUGCCCACUUUGGUCAGGGAAGUGGCCCAAUUUUGCUGACUCAUGUUCAGUGUUCUGGAAAUGAAAGCAGCAUCACACAGUGCUUUUAUAGAGGAUUUGGAACACACAACUGCAACCAUGGUGAAGAUGCUGGUGUUACUUGCUCAGGUGACAUGCGUCUCAUUGGUGGCACCGACUUCUGCUCUGGUAGAGUGGAAAUCCUGCAUGAUGGUCAGUGGGGAACAGUGUGUGAUAAUGACUGGGACCUGAAUGAUGCAGAGGUGGUGUGUAGACAGCUUGGAUGUGGUAAAGCGGUCACCGCUCAUCAAAAUGCCCACUUUGGUCAGGGAAGUGGCCCAGUUUUGCUGAAUAAUAUUCAGUGUUCUGGAAGUGAAAGCAGAAUCACACAGUGCUCUCAUAGAGGAUUUGGAUCACACGACUGCAGCCAUGGUGAAGAUGCUGGUGUUUCUUGCUUAGGUACAGAAAAGCAAAGAAUCAGCUCAAACACAGUUUUAUAUUAAUUACAAACAACACAUGAUAUAUUUUACCUAUUUAAAAUUACAUUUAAUGUUGCUGAAUGUUGCUGCUGCUUCUGUAUAUUUCUUUGGUUUUUAAUCACAUGUAGAGGAUUUGAUUGACAUUA